AUACCCCUUUCACUUGCAGUGAAGAAGACUUGAGCGCUGAGCAGAUGGAAGAAUGCCUUGCUGGGCGUGAGAUUUGCCCUCAGGCACGACACUUCGCCACGCUUGCCCUCAAGAACUACAACUCCAAGAGAGUGCAUAAGUUUGAGAUGGCAACUGUGCUUCUAUCCAAGUGUUUCACUGAGCAUGAUGGAGUGACGUAUGGCCAUGUCAACUUCACAGCGGCUCCAAAGGGUCAGGUCACGUCACUUGCAGCCAAGAGGUUAUUUUUCGCUGAGCUCAUGCUGGUUCCAGAACUGCAGAUGGAUGAGACUGCUGAGCCUAUGCGUGUUGUCCAUGUAUGCACCAUAGAUGGUUCUUGUUAUGGUGGGUGCCACCUGAUAAGACUGGAUAUUAAGAAAUCAAUAAGGAAUAAGAUGGAUUACGACCGCUGUCAUGCCUGCAGCGAUCGCAUUAAACACCCAACAGGGGAUCAGUUCAUUGGUGGUCAUAAUUCUACUAGAAUGCCAUACUACAGCACAUUUUAGUUUAAUGCGAUUGGCCUUACACAGUGUGGCAAUUGGCCAACAAAUUAGUUUGCACUGCAUAAACAUGAAUGUUAGAUUCCGUGAAAUUUUUGGGCAACCACAAUCAAAAGGAUAGGGAUGACAGGGGUGGGGGG